AAUUGCCACCCGCUUUUCGAUUGGAAUUAGCUUUCCAGGAUAACUACAAGACAUACGUUGAAUACCGGUGUCACGUAGCAGCAAUAGCUACUAGGCUUGCAUCAUUUAAAUUUGUGCAGCAUAUACCGGCUCUUCCGGCACUCUACGCUGCUGGUGAGGAGAAGUCUUUAGGCGGCGUGCGGAAUGUUGCUUCGUCGGCGUGUUGCGGCAUUGAUGGUCGUGGCUCUUGUAAGCACAUUGUCUACAGCUGCGAAGGGGCAGUCUGGCGGUAGUCUCAGACGGCUCACGGAAGCGCUGCUGCGAAAAUCAGUAACGCAAGCAUCGGAUGGCAUCAUCCCAGCGGAGCUGGUAGCCCGUCAAUUUAUACCUCCCUUAUGGUCCACUACAGACCGAGACGUCAUUCCAAGCGUUGGCAAGCAUAUCGGCAGGUCCCCUAAACAGGCUCAAGGGGACGAGCUUUCCAACGGCGCUGCCGAUCCUGACCCCGACCCACACCCCAAUCCCACCCGGCGUACCCUCCGCAACGACGAUUUCGUAUACACGGCGCCCUGCACUCCGCAGCGGCUGCCCCUGGCUCAGGCUAGUCGUUACUGGCGCAAAGGGAUGCGUGCCGUGUUUGUAAUGGACGAACCUACGGGCAACCUGCCAAAGGAGGUUACUGCAAGCGCAAACAAGUACCGUGAGUCCUACGCCUGGUUCCCCAACUUCCGCCGCAUGGCUAACGACAAGCGCGACCACUACCUGGAGGGAGACCGCCGGGCCGCCAUGACCCCCGUGCUCGCCUAUGCGGCGCUCGCUGACCCAGCUGCCAUGACACCCUGGACGCAGCUCCCAUCCGGACCCAGGUCCUCCGCCGCCAAGCCGACCCAGAUGGCAUCGGAUCCCUCGCCAACACCCACAGGAGCGGCGGCUAGCAGCGGUAAUGGCAGCAGCGCUGACCCCUUCCAGUGGUUGCUGGUGGGAGAUGACGACACCAUAUUCUUCAUGCGGGGCGUCAAGGCGCUGUUGCGGGAUUACGACCCGCAGUUGCCGUACUUUUUAUCGGAUUCCAUGUACGUGGGAUCCAAGUCGCCGCAGCCGGGUGUGUGGGAGAUGCGCUGUUACCCGUGCCACAUGCAGUGGGGCCGCUGGCGGCGGCGCGCGGGGCGGCGGUUGAUGGCGACAGCAGACGGCGGGCGGGAGGUGCAGCAAGCCAAGGGCUGCGGGUGUAGCACCGAGAACCUGUGCAAGCGGCGCUUCCCCGGCAACGAGACGCGGUGCCAGCAGGAGUGGGAGGGCCCGGUGCCCUGGGGCGGAGUGGGCUUCAUCUUCUCCAUCGGUUUCUUCAAGCAGCUGGCCGCCAGCCAGGGGGGCACCGGACUGCGAGCGUAUGAGACCUGCAUCAACGCGCCCGAGACCUCGGUGAUGUCCUUCCCGGAGGGCGGCGACGCCUUCAUGUCUCGCUGCUUCUGGCGCCUGGGCUUCCCCAUCACGGACCCGGGCUACACGCCCCUGGGCAGGUACAUGGGCGAGGUGCUGCAUCUCGGACACCUAUACGACGCCCCCGCCAACCUCACUCGCGGCCAGCUGCCCCCGCAAGCCAUGGAGCGCUGGUCCACCGCCGUCAGCAUGCACCUGGGGGCGCGGCAGCAGCGGUCCUUCAGGUCUGCUGCCCUGACGAUCAAGUACAUCUCGAGUGUGUACGACCUGGUGGGGGAGCUGCUGUGGCCCACGGGUCGGCGGGCGGAUGCGUGAGGCACCGGCAGUGGUGGCUGCCGUGACGGCUGCGGUGAGGACAUGUUAGAUGCUGUUAUGAAUUGGUAAGGAGGCUCCUUUGGUGGUUCCAAUGUAUAGUAGUAUGGCUUCUGUUCAAGUUGUAUAUACUUCAGGUAUGACAUGCAUCUGAAAGGAUGCAUCUGACAAUAAAGUGAGCGCGUAUGACCAGUAUAUAACGCACGGUUGUUGCUGUACAGAGGGGCGGAAGCGUGACACGAUUACGGAAUGCUAGGCGCAUGCAUGACUAGAUUUAGCUUCUACUUGUCUCUUAUACGGACUAUAUCUUACACUCUGCUUUGCUCGCUAGGUAGACGGCACGGGGCCACGGGCACGAUAAACGGGGCAUGAAUGUCACUACGAAUGCGGGCAUCGGCUAGCAUUGUUCAUUCUGGUACGCAAAAUAAGCGUAGGGCCUCGGCAUGCGCCAUGCUUUGCAGGCUUGGCAGCGGGCAGUCGAGCUUAAGCGCCGACUUGCUUGAAGCACGAUUGGUAUUCAUGUCGCACGUGUAUAGGAGUGUAGGUUAGUCGUUGAUUGUUUCCCUCGGUGGAAUUGCCUUGUAUGCCAGCUUGGACUGCAUGUGAUGGUAAUAACUGUGGUGUGAAGGCACCAUGUCUCAGCGCGGGUCAUUGCCGCUGCAUGGGCUUUCUGGAGUGCACUCAUUUCCGUUCUGAACAGUGCCUAGGCCAGCUCUUUGUCUAUGCUUUUUCUGUGGUACGUUAUUGGCUCGCCAUCAUUUUUUCAGUAAUCUCCUGCUACUAAUAACCUAGCCUCCUACCGGCGUGCGCGGGCAUCUGUGCCGUUGGUGGUCGUGCAGGGACGCUCCGGUGAUGUGCGUCGUAUGUUGUGUGUUUGUAGCUUUCACAUUCUUACUUGCCAAUGCGUAUUGCGAUGCAAGCUCUUUGUCACUUUGCCUAGUCAGUCAGUAUGCGGGUUUGGAAAGCGCAGAAAACCGAGGUUUGGGAUUUGGCGAGGCGGGUCUCGUGGGUCAUGGAGGUAUGCCGCGAGAUGUACAUGUAGGACGUUGUGUGUUGGUAUCCCGGGGAUGCACUUUUGCUUUUGGGUGAAAGACACACAUGGCCGGUGCGUUAGGAUUCUAGGAGGCGCUGGUGGGGUGGUGUGAACUAUUCAUGUGUAUUCAACCGAGGAAGCCUACAUAUGAGUUGGGAGGUGGAGUCUAAGCAUAACAACACACUUUACAUAGCGGUGCCGCACCCCAGGCCUUGCCGUACACUGAGGUAAGGACUCAUGGGUC